GCUGCUCCAUGGCAUGUCUAGGUUUGAGCUGUUUGACACGAACCUAGUGUUACAUUUUUCUGUCUGAUCCUGGUGGCCAGUAAAUUGUCCAUUGUGUUCCCCUUUACGGGUGCACUUAUUCUAAUGCAACUUGUUGGGUUGAUUGUGAGUUCAACUAAGUUUGUUAUUCUUUUGUUUAUUUCAGGAGCUGGAGGCCCCAGUGGGGGAAGCUAGCUGUCUUGGCCCUGUGGUGGUGGUGUUUCUCACAGUGUUUGUUUGCCAUUGAUAUCUGCGUUUCCCUCACUUAGAGUGGGUGUGGUGUGAGUGUUUGUUUGGGAGCAGUGUGUCUUAGGAUACUCACUGUUCAGCUAGCUACCCUACUGGUAAGCCUCCACCAGAAAGUUUCUUGUCUUUCUUUAUUUUUUUGUCUGUUUGGUCACAGUUUUUAUUAUUAAUUAUUGUGUAAUAAAAGUAUUUGAUAUUUGUAUCCAUGUCUCCUGCGUUCAGUGGUAACGAACCUGUGUGCUUUUAUUUCUGGUAUAAAUUUCCCGUUUGUAGAAACGGGGUGGCGUAGUCUGCUUUAAUCCUUAGUUGUAUAUGGUGUCAAGUCUUGCCAUCCACCGCCCCGCCACACAUGUGAAGGAGCAAGAAUUAAACCUAUUCAAGCUUUAAGAUUCUUAGGUGUAAAUGAUUUCUCUUCAGGUUCUAUUAGGAAAUUAAUCAAAACAGUCUAGGAUAUUCCCUGAAUUAGUUUUUUUUUCUUAAAACAAACAAGACUGAUCAAUAGAAUUUAACAUAUAGUUGUUUUAUUAAUUUAUUUUUAAACUUCCCAGCCAUUACACACUCCAGUCCAGUAGGUGGCGGUAAAUGCACCUUAAGUUGGUUUGCCAUCCACCAAUAAAAAUCAAAAGAAGAUAUCCACCGCCCUGGAAGUAGUGUAGCAAAGCAGGAAGUGUGUACAGAGUGCUGACAAUUUUAUUCCCAUAAUAUUUCUGUAAUAGUGAAACACAGCAGAUAAUAAAUACAUCCUCCAGUUUCAGCCAUGUGUCUCAGUCCGUAUCCUAUUAUAUCAAAUAAAACAGCUUUUUAAUGAAAGAAAGUCAGUCGUUCUGGAGUGAUUAUUACUUUGAUAAGAAAGUAUGAGGUUUGUAGAUUCUGUAGUGUGCAGCAGAUUUAAUAACUUCAGUAAGACCAGUGACAGAUGUGUCAUGUGGAGAUGAAGGUGAUGGAAAUAGAGCUGUUUGUUGUUGCAGGUGAUUUUCAUUUUAGAUUAUUGCAGUUGCUCCUGGAGUUUGUUAGAGCCUCAGUGUCGAUCUACGUCCAUUAUAAUUUGAAGAUUGAUGUGAAAGAACGUGACGCAUUGAUCUGUGUGACUACAUUCCUCCAAAUCUUGAUCCUGAUUACACUGUUUACAAGACUAAACUAUUAUUUUUUACCAGAGCUUAUGGCUAUAAUAAAUAGACAACGAGGCAACAACACAGAAACUCAGCGAGGUCAUUUGGUUGUGUUCAUGUUUGGUACAGUGGGGGUUGUGUUUGUGAAUGCUGUUGUGUUAUCAGUAGAGCUGAUCCUAACAGCACGAAAUGGUGAGCGUACAGUGGAUCUGCGACUUAUUCUCCUACCGACUGAAAGUGUAUUUGCUGCGUGCUACCUUGCUUUACAAAUAUCUACUUUCUGGAAGGAUAACAGAGAAAGGUUUAGAGAUGAAAUAAAGAAGCUGCGACAGAAAUGUGUGUGUAAACAGAGACAGAGGGAUUCACCUCCACAAAGUAAUGAACAUGAACUGGAGAAUCUGGCUUCUGUUCCUCAGCCCUCGGUCUUAGCAGACUCACACCCGAUUGCUCCAGAACCCCAAACUGACCAAAGUUCUGCUUUUAUACACAGUCACACCUCACUGAUGAUGAAAUAAUGUUGUGGAUUUCAUUAGUAACCUGCCUGCUAAUUACUCUGCAGGAAGCGUGUUCUUUGGGAGAAAAAUUAUUACUUAAGGUUAUUUAUUUCUUUAUAGAUGUUAAUGAGAACCACACAAUUAUUUAGGUUCUGAAACAUAAAAUAUAGAAUUGAAUUUAGGUGUCAUUUCCCCAGAACUCUGAAUUUACUGGUUUUAUCACUUCAAAGUUUUCUUUAGAUGCUUGUAAUGUUAUUUUUAUUUAAUACAUUUUUUUUAUUUUUUUUUGUUUGUUUGUUUUUUUACAAUCCUUAGUGUGAUACUUAAAUGUGAAUCUCUUGUCUUCGUGUUUGCUUCUCCAAUAUAAUUGUUUUUAUUAUUUAAUUGGCAGGAAUUACGACUUGAUUUAUUAAUUGGCUAUUUUGUGACAUUAUAGAGUAGAGAUAAGGAUUUAAACUCUAUCUGUCAUUCUAAACAUUUAUCUUAUUGCUUUAUUCAUCUGCCACAUUCACCUUUAUUUAUGACAUGAUAGUCUGUUAUUGGACAUCUGUGUAUAAAUCUUCUGGGAUAAAGUUUUCUCUUCGUUUAUUGCAUCUUAGGGAGCUCAGAAAUUAUAUUUUUAUAUACAGAGCAAAACGAUCAGUAUGCAUAUUAUCUAAGUAUUUCAUGUAAGAGUGAUGAGUGACAGGUACAAAAAGUAAAAAAAACAAAAACUAUUUCUAUAAUUGUGUAUACCGUUCAUUACAUAAUGUUCUGUGUGUUAAAACACUGAAUUUUUAUUAUAAAAUUUUUUUGUAAAUGUAUAUAGUUAUUUUCUUUUACUUUUUAUAUGAAACGGAGUGUACAGAAUAAUAUUUUGUGUAAGAGAAAUACAGUAUUUCAUGUUGCUUUUGUUCUACUUUAUUAUUGUUACUAAAUCUCACGUACUGGAUCUAUAAUAUAUUCAGUAUAUCAAUAUAUACUGCGUCAAGCUUCCUGGUUUGUUAUAAUAAUAAUGAAACAAAUAAAUUCAUUUAUAUUGUUUCA